AUGACUAGUCAGUCACAGAGCGCGUCGACGCGACGCGGCGCACUUAUUGUCGUCGAAGGACUUGAUCGCGCGGGCAAAUCAAGCCAAUGUGAGAUGUUGCGAGACUACCUAUCAAAGGGAGGCAAUGCAGUGAAAUAUAUCAGGUUUCCAGGUAGCUAUCAAGUGACCCAGUAUGUAUAUCAUUGGUCUAAUAUUUGUUCAGAUAGGACAACACCUAUCGGGCAGCUCAUAGAUAGCUAUCUACGUGGUUCCGCCAACCAAGACGACCAUUCCAUCCACCUCCUCUUCUCAGCGAACCGCUGGGAACUCGCCAAGAGCAUCGAGCAAGAUAUCGCGAGCGGUACUACUGUUAUCGUAGAUCGCUACUCUUACUCCGGCGCUGUUUAUUCGGCCGCCAAAGGCAACCCCACACUUUCCCUCGAUUGGGCAUGGCUACCCGAGAUCGGUUUACCCCGUCCUGAUAUUUGUCUUUUUCUCAGCAUCCCUGCGGAAGAGGCCGCUAAGCGCGGUGGAUAUGGAGCAGAGCGGUAUGAGAAUGAGACGAUGCAGACGCGGGUGCGAGAACUCUUCCGCUCAUUGUUCGAUCGACAAGAGGAUAUUAAGGUAAUUGAUGCCGGGAAGUCAUUGGAGGCGGUAUCGGUUGAUAUUCAGAGUGUCGUGGCAAACUGCAUCGGACGUCUCGAUGCGACUGGGCCGCUGGGGACUCUGGGACCCCUCGCAAAAUAG